GGAGGGUUUGCCAGCUGCUAUAUGAUUUCGGAUCAGAAAAGCGACCGGUAUGCCGCCAAAGUCAUUCAAAAGUCCGAACUGCAGUCUCACAAAACGAGACAAAAGCUGUUUGCGGAAAUCAAGAUCCAUCAGGGACUUAUCAACGAGAACAUUGUCAAGUAUUAUCACUGCUUCGAGGACGAUGAUUUUGUAUAUUUGGUUCUGGAGCUGUGCGAGAGCAAGACUCUCAUGGAGCUCAUCAAGCGGAGGAAACGGCUGACAGAGCCUGAGGUUCGGUACUAUAUGAAAGAGAUCGUGGCCGGAUGUGCUUAUCUUCACCACGAGAAGAUUGUUCACAGGGAUUUGAAGCUCGGCAAUCUCUUCCUGACACAUGACCUGCAUGUCCGCAUCGGAGACUUUGGCCUAGCGGCAGUGAUCCAGAACGAGGAGAGGAAAAAGACGAUUUGUGGAACGCCUAACUAUAUCGCUCCCGAGAUCUUGUUCGACACUGGAAAUGGCCAUAGUUUUGAGGUCGAUAUAUGGUCUGUCGGAGUGAUCAUGUAUACGCUGCUCAUAGGAAAGCCUCCCUUUCAAACCAACGAAGUCAAGGCAAUCUACAAGAAAAUCCGCGACAAUAAUUACGAGUUCCCUCAGGAUGUGCCGAUUUCAAACGAGGCUAAGGACUUGAUCAAGGCACUGCUGGACCCUACCCCUGCUUCCCGGCCGUCCGUCAAAACCGUAUUGGAUCAUCCGUUCUUCACC